CUCGCGCAGCCCUACGCAGAGGCAAGAGAGAAAGCUCACUAAAGGUCUUUUCGCUUUCUUCUUGCUGCCGUCGAUGGCGAAGCGCCUGAUUCCUCUCUUUAACCGCGUUCUCGUGGAGAAGAUCGUCCCUCCCUCCAAGACCAGUGCUGGAAUCCUUCUCCCGGAGAAGACCACCAAGUUGAACUCUGGAAAAGUUGUAGCAGUAGGUCCUGGGGCACGUGAUAGGGAUGGGAAACUUAUCCCUGUCUCUGUGAAGGAAGGAGACACUGUUCUGCUACCUGAAUAUGGCGGGACAGAGGUGAAGCUUGGAGAGAAAGAGUACCACCUCUACAGAGAUGAUGACAUACUUGGGACCCUUUGCGACUGAUGUUCACGUAAGAUUAAUUUUCUUGCGGUUGCUUUCUGUUAUCAUCGAGGUGGAUGCAGUAGAGUUGCAAGUUGCUCUCCUAUUUGCUAUCAUUUUGCUGUGACAACUGGGGGAUCAAACCACGACUGCUGAAACAAUUAUGAUAUUUUGACAAAAUGCAAGUAGGAUGUAUCUUGUAAGGCAUCUGCACUUUUUCAAUCUUCUUUGUGCUGAUGGAUUAUUGGGUGAAUUGUUCUCAGUAGGUUAUAAUCGAAUAUCUGACGAUUGUUCAUGUUAUAUCAGAAUGGGUUUGUGA